AUGGCCGACAAUCAGAGUGGUGACGGCAGUACCAGCGCACCUAAUGUGCUCAAAGUCCUCGAGCUACCUCCGGCCUGCUAUCCAUGGCUGAUGCGCAGGCUCAUCACACCCGCGACCAUCCCUUUUCUUCACAUAAGCAGUCGCGACCUUGAUAAAGCUGUACAGUCACUGGGUGACUUUGGAAUGUCUGGGACGUUGGAAUGGGAUUGCUCUUGCAACGAACGCAUUGAAUCCUUACGGGAAAACGCCAGAGACCUGUUCACCGGGUACUAUGGAGCUUUCAACUGGCCUCCCAAGGUCGACGGACUGGGCGAGCUAAUGAUGCGGCUCGACGCGCAUCUUGAGCGGAUGGAAUCUUUUGCGCGUGGAUAUCGGGAGUUGAUGAAGAGCUUUAGGGGGGUGUUUUACGACCAUAUUAGCCAGGAACAUGAAAUUCCUCGCGCUCUUGAGGUGGCCGAGGACUUUUACGAUGCUGAUUUUCAUGACGACGAGUUUAAAGAGAUGUUGGAGCAGGUCGUGCGACAAGUCGAGCGGGAUCAGGGACUGAUAGAGGAACCACUCAAAAUUGCCCGCGUAUCCACGCUAGACUGCUCUAGCAACUCACCGCCCAUAAAUAUGGACUCAAGAAAGUUCGUAAAGCGCCCGAAGAAUGAUCCAGAAGGCUCCCUACUACUGAAGGCGGAAGCGAACGUGACUCUCUCAGACUGA